CUCAUCCUCGAUUGCUAUCUCACUACUGCUCAUCAUGUCACGCUCAAUAGCUCGUGGAUGCCGCAGUGCUGGAGCUGAAGUCGGCAGCUCCUCUUGGCCCUUGGCAGAGACGAGCAAGGCGGGUAGCGCUCGUGCACUCGCAGCAGCGGCAGUGUCAGCAGCGCCAGUAGUCACGCCCUCACCUUCGACAUCAUCAUCAUCACCGCCAUCUCGUCGCUUCUCUUCAUCUCCCCGCAGUCGUUACGCAGCAGCGGCCUCUAUCACGUCGGGCUCACCAUCAUCAGCAGACCCUUCCAUCGGCGCACUCCAGACCCUGCACCCUCCUUCGCAUCUCGCCUCGUACUUCUACCCCGCCUCGCUCCGCCCACACUACCUCGCCCUGCAGGCCCUACACCUCGAGCUAGCCCUCAUCCCCACGACGGUCUCCUCUGAGAUUCUUGGGAGGAUACGCUAUGGCUGGUGGAGGGACGCCGUCAGGGCUUGCUUCCUGGCAAAGGAAGGGGAUGGAAGUGCAGGUAGGAGGUGGAAACAUCCCAUUGUGGUAUCCCUCGAGAGAGCUAUUUGGGAUCCUCAAGUCAGGGCCAGGGGUGGACUGGUACAGGAGCACUUCGAGGCGAUUGUUGAUGCUUGGGAAGCAUCCCUCUCUACCUUCUCCACCUCACCUACGCUCGACGCCCUCGAAGCCACCUCAGAACGACUCUACUCGCGCCAAUUCUACCUUCACCUCAACCUCCUCGGUCUCUCACAUCACCGCAUAGACGAGCUCUUCUCCCACCUAGGCAAAGCCCUCGGCCUGCUUGAAGCCAUCGUCUCCACCCCCGCCAGCCUAGGCGUGAAGAUGACCGCCACCGCCAGCCAGGGCGAGGGAGGCAGCAGUCCAGCCAGGAUAGCCAAGUCCCGUAAGCCCUCACUAGCAGAGAGCACCCCGCACUUCCCCCUGCCCAUCGAGUAUCUCCAGGAGCACAACGUCACCCAGGAAGCCGUCCUGCGCUACGGAGGCCAGGCACCCGGGUUCCGCGACGCCGUCUUCGCCACGGCGACCAGGGCCAACGACUACCUCCUGACCGCCCGCAAGACCCUCCAGGACGGUGCGAGCGAACGCGACCCCUCUCUGGCGCUCAAGGGUGGGCGAGUACCUGAUGCUGGCAAGCCCGCCCUGGUCGGGGCGGCUACGAUUCCUUUCCUCCUGCAGAGAUUGGAAAAGUACGAUUUCGACCCCUUUCAGCCGGCGUUUAGGAUGGAGGCAAAGGGAAGGGGGUGGAGAUUGCCGGCCAAGAUGUGGGGGGUGAAUUGGAGUGGGAAAAUCUAGUUGUAGUUGGAGAGAGUGGGGGGAGUGGGGCCGAGACAAGAGGCGAGAGCGAAGGACGGAGCUUGACAAGCUCCACAGGCUGAGCUAGCACUCGGGAAGGCAGGGAGGCAGUCAGGCCGGAUGAUGUUGGUUGCAUUGCGACCAUCAGCCAAUUGCAUGGAUAUAUAUACCUCUCCCCUCCCCCUGUCGUAUCGCAAUCACACCUUCUUCGCAUACCAUCC